AUGUUGACAAGAAAAGCUAUAAGCCUCAGUCGUACAUUUGCAACUGAGGCCCAUUCAAGACUCAAACCAGCGCUCUAUACGGCGGUUAUUCUCAACCGAGCGCCAAUCCUCACCCCAAGUCCAACACCAUUUGAAAACGCCUUUUAUGCGUACCAGCAGCGCAUCCAACGCGCCCUGCAUAAUCCGUUUCCAUCUGAAUUCUAUUUCAAACCAGGUUCUCUAUUGGAGGCGCGGUUCAACGCGGAGGAGAGAAUCCGAGAGCGGAUUGCGUGGGGUCCGACCUACGUAAAAAACGACACGGAGCGAACGGUGGCAGAAGAGGCCGCAAUUGAGCAAAUGGAAAUGCAGGAACAAACUGACGACAAGCUUAUGGCUCGCGUCCAUGCCUCCGAUUUGGCGAAAGACUAUCAUAGCCUCGACCGCAAAGGGCGACGAAAUUUAUAUCUCCUUGUCCAACGAGUGGAUAUGACUACUGGUCAAGUGGUUUGGGAGUUCCCUUGUGGAGAGGUGGGCAAGGAGGAAUUACUCCACCAGGCUGCCCAAAGAGAGCUUGUCGAAAACUGCGGUGCCCACAUGGACACUUGGGUUGUCGCGCGGAAACCAAUCGGGGUGCAUAAAUCAUUCUCAACGCCUCAGCAAGAGAAAGUAACGUUUUUCUUCAAGGCCAACAUUAUGGCUGGGCAAGCGCGUAUCGGCAACAAGUCUAUCCAGGAUUUCGCAUGGGUCACCAAGCAGGAGAUUGAAAAGCGGGCAACAGAGGAAUAUUGGACGAGUGUCAGCGACAUGCUUUCAGACCACUGA